CUUGAAUAGAAAGAUAUGGAGGGGUCAAUGGAAGACGGAUUUGUGGCUGAGCUAAAUAAAGAGGUAUGCGUGCUGGCGUCUGGCGUGCUGAGUACACUAGGUCUAGUCUAAUUAAAGUGGACUUAGCUUGCUAGUUAGAGCUACCUCAGCCUUCUUUCUGCCUCGUCCAAUUUACUACCAAAAAUUACCCAAAGCAAGAUACACGUUAAUACGCACACGCGCCAUCGUUGCAUUUUUCGAUUCUACGUCCAGCCAACGCGCCAACAAGGAAUAAAUAUCUAGUACUAAACUCACCCUUAAAUACAUCAAGAUGACCGGUCGUGGCGGCGGUGGCGGGCGCAAGAUUUUGCUUCCUCCUAUCAACUUCAUCUUUAAGCUCCUCCAGACACACGCGACUGUCAAGAUCUGGUUAUACGAACAAUUGGCAAUUAGAAUCGAGGGUAAAAUUAGGGGAUUCGACGAAUUCAUGAACCUUGUUAUUGACGACGCGGUCGAGGUAAAGCAGAUCACAAAGACGAAUACAGAAGAGAAGAGAAGACCUUUAGGACAAAUUUUGCUGAAGGGUGACAACGUGUCGUUGAUCCAAGAAGCCGUAUGA